CGGGGCUAGGCAGCUGGCUAUUCCCAGGCAUUCAGAGACACAGGGGGCUGGGGCUGCACACUGGAGCCCAAGCUGGCAGGGCUGGCUAACUUUACAGGGAUCACCCCUAGACUGCCACUGCUGACUGAUCCUGCAGGGAAGACACCCCCACUGCACUGGAGAAGGUGUCUUACUCAACUGAAGCUGGCUGCCUGGUAAUGAGAACUUUACUGUGUUAUGAAUGCCUCCUGCAGGCCCCUCCUCACAUGGGGGUGAUAUAAACACAGGGCAGGUUAUGACUUGGGAUGAAGUUGUCUCCCUGCAGCAUUUAUUAGAUCAUCUGUCAGGUUCAGAGAAAGGCCAGGGUGGGUAUGUAGUAUGUGAGCUGCAGGGUUGGCAUUUUACACUGUAUUUCCAUUGGAAUUCUGGCAAAACUGGUCUGCAGUGUCCUCUGCCAGUGGGACUGAAAUCAGGGCUAGGCUCUUUUGCAUCAGGGUUUGUCUAUCAGUCAGUGGGAGGUCACGAGUGUUCCUGUUCUGCAAAGCUUGCUGUUUUAUUUUCGUGUUCACUAUAAGACUGGAGUAACGUAAUAAAGGCAAAUCCUAAUGGGAAAUAUUACCCCCUGCUACCUAAGAGGAUCUGCGUCAUCUGUGGACUUUUUAUUACCACUCCCUGUUUUCAAAUUUGGGUUUUCCAGUCUAUAUUAGAGCAGGUCUGUUCUAGAACACCUACAUUGACAGCAGUCCAGCUCUUAUCACAGCCAGCAGUCUGCUCCUGGGCUUCCUGAUUUGUUAAACAUAUCACCUAUUAUGGGCAUUUGGAUCUAUUUGCUCCCUCUGUAAGCCAAAUAAGCUGCCAUCUAUGCACUCCUUGCUAAUGUUGUGUGUACCUUGAAGUCUGACAGUGAAUCUAGUUCUGGAUACACCCAUUUUAGUAUCUAGUGAUGUAAAUGAAAGGGUUUGUUCCAGUGAUUCCUGUUUUGGUUUGCACAUUGUCUAGUGGACACCUAUAGAAGUGUUAUCCAAGGUUAUUUGCACAGAUAUUUAGUGUGAGCGCGCUCACUGCUGUAUAUUUAGUACAUUGUGUUAAAAGAGUGAUUUUGGGAGCAGACUGUACUGACUGCAGUCUGGACAAGGCAUUUUUAUUUAUUUAUAAAAUAUUUUACCAGGAAAGAUACAUUAAGGUUUCUCUCGUUUUCAGAUAUGUCCUGGGUCCACAAAACAUUGAAUUGAUACAAUAGGGUACAGUAAAAUACACUGCCUUGAUGCUGGUAGGGUACAUUCAGUAUUGCAGCUGAUUACACACUGCAGGAGAGCAAGAAGAGACUCCAUGGGUAAUGCCUCUUACUCCACGCACCAUAACCACUUCAGUGAUUCAAAGUGGUCAUGGUGCCUUAAGUCUGCAAAUAUAGUGUUUUACUUUGAAAUGUGGCACAUAUGGAGUUUAACACCUUUUUCCAGAUAUGUCACUUCACCUCUUGCAGCUUUUCGUUAGAAGCUUUGAAUGGUUCCAACGUGAUAGUGCUGCUUUAAAGGGACACUAUAGGCACUUCAUCUCAUCAAAAUGGAUUUGGCUACAGUGUCCCUUUUCCCCUUAAUGUGCAAUGUAAAACUGCUACCAGGCGGCCACUAGAGGCAUUUCCUGCAGUUUGAAUCAAUGCAUCUCUAUGAGGAAUGUUCAGCGCCUCCGUGGAGAGGCUAAACAUGCAGCAUUGACCCAGGAAGCUCCUCUAGCGGCCAUCUGAGUGACUGUCACAAGAGGUGUUCCUAGACCGUAAUGUUCACAAUAAAGAGCAUGCAGGGACAGGCUAUACACACCAGAGCAACUACACUAAAGCGGCACUGUCAUGCCGAACUUGCCUUUCUUUAAUCGAUUCCUCUUCUCUCCCUCAGUCAGGAUCUGUUCUUCAUUUCUUCCUAUCUGCUCUAGUCUAAAUUGGUCUUUCAGCCAACUUCACUAAUACUAAGUAAAAAAUUACUUAGUAUUAGUAAAUCCUGCCCCUACUCGCUAUAUCGCAAGUAAGGGCAUGUGUAGUAAACAGUGAGAUGCCUGUGGCUGCUCACUAUAAAAAAACACAAAAAAAACCCCCAAAAUAUAGUAUUCCCCCCCGAGCCCCCACCCAUGUCGGCUGCUCACUGUAAAAAAACAAAGCCCAAAACAUAGUAUCACCCCCCCCUCCUGAGCCCCUACCAUGCCAUGCGAGUGGGGGCUCUUAAACUGAACACAUUGGUCCUAUUUCCCCCCCACACACCCUUGAGCAACAGGUGGGGGCCUUAAAUUACAAUGGGGGGGACCUAAAAAAAUCCAUCUUCACCCAGCGAGGGCACUGCACAGACUGAGCUCCGCAGGGCAGGGAAAGGCUUAUAAAGCCUUCCCACGCCCUGCACUUAGGCUCAGAGCGAUCUGAUUGGUUGGUUUAAGCCAACCAAUCAGAGUGCUGUGACAGGUAAAUGUAGAGACUUGAAAUCCAACCAAUCAGAGUGCUCUGUCAUUUUACACAGCGUGGUUAAGUUCUUUGGAAUUUUCCCAUGCAGUGUAAUUUGACUCAUUGCAACACUCGAAUCGGUUCCUUUCAAUCAACCAAUCACAGUGUUCUGAGUCAAACAUAACUCCUAAAUGGCAGAGAAAUGAGCAGUGAGACUUCAGAGGCAUAAUCUGUACAGUAAACAUACUUAAUUUAGCUAAAGUUAUUUUGGUGCUUAUAGUUUCCGUUUUAAGAGUUUUCAAAGGGUUACUUCUGAGCAUUAUUAUCAUCACAGCCCAUUGUAGUGGUAAUUAUGGCAGGAGUACCUGGCGCCGCUCCCUGGUAAAGGGGCAAACCGUUUCUUACCUGGUGUUCUCAAUGCCAGCUAAAUGGCAUUCAUCUUCUGGUGGUUAUUCAUCGGCUGAGAGCAUUAGCUGAGCACUAUCAGACAAUGAAUGAGUGAACGGAUAUUAGCCAGCCUUGAACACUCUUUCCGGGUUUUCUAAUGUUGUGUUGGAGAUUGAGUCACACCUCCAGUACAACAAUGGCCAUCUAAGUGGGUGCAAUAUUUGCACAAAAUUCCAGGGCAAUAAAGUAUAAGGGGAUUGUACCUCCCGGGGCUUUAUACGAAUAUGCUCCGUGAUUGCAGAUCAGCAAACAUCUGUUCAGCUGAAUAAGAAGCUUGGAGCUGAUUGGAGUAUCAGCAUGGAGCCCUGGGAGGGCUAUCUCUUUUUAGAUAUUGCGUUAGGGCGGUUUUCUUUUUGCCCCUUUUUUAUGUUCACCAUCUUUUAGAUCAUGUGCUUGCUUUAGUUAUAUUUCCAUUGCUAUAAGUAAAUUGAGCACAUUUCCUUUAAGUCAUGUUCUGUUUUUUUUAUUAAUGUGAGUGCAUUAUUUACUUACAGCGAGGUAACGUUCUACCAAAAAAAACAACAAUUCAGCAUAUCCCCUCCGAAGCCUCCAUUAAAAUAACACAAUCUGAAAGCCUCCAUGCUCCGUGACACACGGAACUAGAGGAAACUAUUAUUCCUCAUCUGACUAUUCAAUGUCUGUAAGCCCUUUGCACACACUUGAGAAUAAUGGCAGCUUGUGUAUAGGCUAAGUUGCUUCUUGGCCUGAAAAUGCAGGGGCUUCAAAAGCAAGUUUAUUUUUUUUUUUUUAUUAUUUAUUAUUUUUAUAUAAUUUCUUUUGCAUAUUUUAUUAUUGUGACGAUACCUUACCUGUAUCCUCCGGACCCACGCUGCGCGGCGGUCUCCCUGGCUGCUUCCGGGAGGCGGAGCAGCCUGUUGGAUGCUAGCCGCUUGCGGCAAAGCCCCUCUUAUGACACGGUGAAUGUGCGCCAACGUCAUCAGGGUUUUGCCGCGAAAAUUCAAACGUGGCCAGGCUCCCGGACUUUUUGGGGGUGUGGCUUUAAAGAUGAGGGCCACUCACUAUAUAAGGGCGCCCCUGUCCUUUCCCCAGCGCCCUAGUGUGGUCUGUAUUUGGUCCCUCUAGUGCUACUGUUACUCUUGUUUGUCUUUCUGGUAUUUUGACCCUUGGCUUCCUCUCUGACUACUCUCCUCUCUGGUUCCCCGAAUUUUGGCUUGGUGAUUCUCGUUUAUUCCGUCUUCUGUACUCCAUUGACCUUCGGCUAUCCUAUUGACUAUUCUCGGACGUUUAGCCCGGCCAUUCUAAGGACCGGUAUACGUCUCCUUUUGGGUUACGCUCUGCGUGAAGGGGUCACUGUUGUGACAAUUAUUGCAUAGUCUCCAGCUUGAAGAGAAGUAGGACGAGCACCAAUAUCUGGACCAGCAUGAAAUAGUAUGGGAUUAACAUAUGCUAGGGUAUAAGAUGUUCCUGAUAGACUCUUGGUAAAUGUAACUGUUCACGGAGCCAAAAUGCUGAUUGCAUCUAACAAAAGGCAAGGCUUACUCAACAUGCUGCCAUGUUUCUUGUUUAUUUUCUCUUCUCCUAGGUGACAGUUGAUGAUUUGCCGCUUUGUGGUUUUUCUCACCCUAACUGAGUUUUGAAAUACUUGGUAGAAAUAGAAUAAGAGAAAUCUAAAUUGAUUUUAAAGAGAAUUUUCACACGUUGGCUAUUGGUUGGACAAUUUACAAUCGUUCCCUUUUCCUCUAAGGCAUAACUUGGCAUAUCAUGUAAAUGAUCCUUUGACAACGUGUGUGAUAUAUAAAGAAUGCCUAGUGAAUCUUGAGAAUAGGGAAGAGCUGUGUAAGUUUGUCUAUACCUGCCUCCAUGACAGGAGUUCUUUGUAAGAAUUUAGUUUUGUGAUACUUUUUUGCAUUGUUUCGUAGUGCUAAUUAGCAGCUACUGGACUUGGUUUGUGUAAUUUGGAUCUAAUGGUCAUGUUAACAAAUGUAACCUUGUUUUUACCAUCCCUUACAGCUAAAAUGGAUCCUGACUUAUCAGCCCCUCACCAGGUUCUUGGGAGAUCCCAGCUGAACGCUGCCACGGGCGCUGAUGGCCGUGAAGAUUCCCAUAAACCUGGCCCCUCUGGCUCACAAUCUUCUCCUGUCUUUUCACCUGUGCCAGGUAAGAUUGAAAUUCGUAGGGUAGUCUGAGGUACUUGGAUAAGUUUUAUGGAUUUUAUUAUUUAUUUAUUACAUGCUUUUUUGUGGAUGAUUCAUUCUUGUAAAUAACAGUGGUGACGCCAACAAGCGCAGACCAAUAUAACUCCUGUAAAUUGUGUCCGUGGGCAUUUGUGCGGGUUUUGCAAAUAUUCCAAGUUCCUGACUCCAUUCCAAUCUGGUUUCCAUUCUUAUCACUCAACAUGUAUUGCCUGCUCACUUAAUAUGAUCUCUGCAACUACAUUCAGAGUCCCGUGGAACAAGGUGACUCUAUCUUACCUUGUAAAAUAUGUAAGAAAUCAUUUAUUUAAAUAUUUUAUUUUUUACUAGGUAAAUAGCAUUUACCAAGGGCACUAUUUAGGUAGUGUGUUCUUCCAUGCAGGCAAAUGUAUUUAGAACACAAUAUAUAUGCUUUUAAAUACCAAUAUUAUUUUUUUAUUUUAACAUUCGGCACAUUUUGUUAAUUUGUGUUAUUCUUUCUAUAAAUAGAAUUUUAUUUAAAUUAAUUAGUACACAAAUGUGUAAUUCCGUGCUAAAGUUUUUAAGUAUUCAAUGGAAAACUUAUAAUAUUAUAUAUAAAAAAAAAAAAAUGUUUGAAACCUUUUUAUGUGUUUUUUUUAUUUUGUAAUGCAUACAUAUGUUGUUUUUGGUUCAGUUUCCGGUUUGCACUUGCUCAGUGUGUGUGAUAGUCCUGAAAGCCAUGAUUGCCACAUAAGUUGCGCUACUGGCGCUCAAACCCAGGCAUCUUAAAUCUGCACUGUGAGCUGGUUUCAGCUGUGUGUUGGUCAGGUAUAUGGUGAAUUUCAGUUCUUAAAAGGCAAUGGUGACAUCCUGAGAUUUUUUUCCAAUAUUUUAUUUACUUCUUCCCUAUAGUUAAUUUAAUGGACAAUGCAAGCACAAAAUUACUUCAUAUAAUAAAGUGGUUUUUGUUUACUUCCCUUUUUUUUUUUUUAACAUUGUAGGACAUAGUUCUAUGUGUUUUUAAUUUCUAGAAGUGAUGGUUUCCCUUUAAAUCAAUAUUUCUUGUUUUACUGUAAGGUUAUGUGAUUAAGGCUUUAUUGGGUUUAUGUCGUUUUAUAGAUUUAAAACUCUAGUGACUGACCUCACACUUCUCAGAUUUGAGCGUUCUUGUGUUUAGAUUGUUGUGUAUUCAUUAAUAUUGGUGAUCAUGUCAGCAAGGCACAUCUGAUACCGAGUGUACCAUCAUGUGGAUCAUGUACGGUGUGAGAUAUGGAAGAUGUAACUACAGGAAAUAUAUUGAGUAACGGCACUCUUCAUGUGCAAUCUCCAGUAACAUGCCAAGCCUAAAGGGGCAUCUUGGGUUAAUUUAAAUUGGUGAGCAAAAAAGAAACCUGGCCUCUGUGUUCUCCUUCCAUACAAUAAACAACCAAGACAUUAAAUAUAAUUAGCUGCCUCUUAUACAAGAAGGUUGACUCUCCGAGUUUUGGUUUGUUCCCAGUGCAUUGUGGAAGUUUAUAACGACACGUUGUAGCUGCUACCAACCCUUUUGAUCAGUGGUCUUCAGACAGAGAAACUGGAACAGCAAUUCUUGUUGCACAUGCUUCAUAAUGGCACAUAUUAGCUCAUAAUGUAGAGGGAUGUUCUUUUAGUUGUUGCCUGGUGAUGUCCUUUUCUAGUUACUGUGAGCUACCCACUCGGCCCGUGUGCCGGAAUGCAAGGCAUACAUGUGCACUAGGACUUACUGUCCAAGAUGAUUGAUGUUGGUCAGAAACGUACUUAAGCCGCCUUCUACUCCAAUUAGGUUAUUUUCUAUGAUAUCUGUACCUGCCUAGUAGCAAUGACCUUGUCCUGUUUUUAAUGGCUUGUUCUUGCAAGGUUUUGUUAAGUCUGGCCAUUUUAUUAUACAUCUUAAACUUUUUUUUACCUAUUAUCUAUCUUUUUGUAUCUUUAAUAGUAACCUUUGGCUUGAACUCCACAAAAAGAUCUGUACAUUACCAGCUGCAGUAGUUUUGCAGAACUGUUGCAUAUUGGAUUUUUGUUUUAUCCUUUGCCUGUUAAUUGUUCCUUGUCGCCUGCAAAUCAACCAAAUCGUCUUUAGUGCAAUGUAUAGAGUUCAGGAUGUGAUUAUAAAACUAAAUGAGAAGUGAUCAGUUUGUCAGCGCAUACAUCUUACCAUAGAAUACCUAUGGGAAAGGUUCUUUGGCUGGACUUUUUUUGUGCCUGCAGCCAUUUCAGAUUAAUUAUUGCUCCUUAUUUGUCUAAACUGUUACAUUAAAAAACGGACACUUCCUGUAUUUCAUAUAGGAGUUUAUUUACUAAACAAUGAAAUGCAAACUUUAGGCAAUCUAUGCUGAUUUUUUUUUAAAGUCUCUCACUCGGCUGCAGUCAUUCCUUGGUAACUUUAACCUUUAAAGCGACUCUGUUACUGGCUGUGGCUCUUUAUUUUUUUAAUUUAAAAAAAAAUAAUUUUAUAUCCCUAUCCCCACUCUGUGUACCCUAACAGCCCUGGCAGCUUAUUUAGUUUCCACCAGGUGUCCUUUUUUCCUCCCCAAUUUAUUUUUUGUCACCGUCUGAUCUCAAUUCCAGUUAAAAGCCAUCUUCUAAAGUUUUGCAGUGAAGUUGGGUCUCUGCUUUUGUCUGCCCGUCAUCAGUUCUCGGAGAUGCUUGUGUAGUCAUGUACGCAGGGGAUUUGGAGGACAGAUGACCAUUCUAGGGAAAAUCUAACUUGACAAAUGAAGUGGCACUUGCCUUAAACUUUGUCAAACAGAGGAAAAUAUAUAAGGCAAGACAGUCCCUUCUUUGCUUUAUGUAUUUUAAUAAAAUUAGAUAGAAAAGAUAAGAAGGCGAGAUUGGAAGAAAAGAAGAAUUGAUUGAGGAAAAGUAAGUUUGACAUGACGGAGCUGCUUUAAAUUUAGAAUUGAAUUUUUAGCUCACUACAGAUUGUUUUUUUUUUUUUGGGGGAAUGAAACUCCAUGCGUCACAUAUUCUACAAAAUGUUCUUACGAAAUGCUAGUUUUAGCCUAGUUAUAAGCAUAUCAUCUCAUCAUCUUUCAGAUACCAUUGAUGAAGAAGAGGAUGCCACUUUGCAGGAGUUGUUGGGAAAAGCCAAACCUGGCGAUGCGAAGGCACAGACUGAGGUAAUAAUAUGUGCGACCUAGGUCAUCUGAUGGGAUUGUGUUUGAAAGGUCCAGCAGCCAAGAGUUUUUUACUAGGUUAAAUCUUCACAUACAUACACAGUGCAUCGAGAUUAUAUUGUUUUAUUACCUGGAUAGGAUUUCCAAGACGGUAUCAAGUACUAAAACCCAAUGACUUGUAGUAUGUCCAUCUUCCUUUAUUAUUCAGCUACAUUCUGCUAGAAAUAAUUCAUUUCCAGUACCAAAAUCUUGCUGAGGAGUCUCAAAAGUACAAACCUGUACAGUUCCUGGUGGGUUUGUGGUCAUUAGUCGUUUUGGUUCCCAAGCCAUGCUUUGUUGUCCAAAAGAUGCGUUUAGAACUGCUCCAUUGCAAAGUCUUCCUGCAAAAAUGUAAAGUUUGAACCAUGAUGCUUAUUUAUGUUCAAUUGCAUAUCCAACAGGGCAAUUUGAGAAAAUUGAGGAAACAUAGUUUCUCAGAAAUGCUUUGCACAAGACAAACUUUUCCCAAAGUCUGAAAUGUGAAAUGUUGGUGAUAUAGAACAGUAAGUUUGCAGAAUGCGAUAUGAAGUAUGUUUGACAUUACUUCUCUUUAUCUUCUAUAAAUAAUAAGACCGGUUUGGAAACUAAGCUAAAAAAAAUAAAUCCUGUAAUUUCUCCGAUAGAAAACACUUUUCAUAACCCAAAGGCACUUGGGUUUUCAACUUUAAUUUAUUAUAAUUUUAUUAUUAUGGCCGAAACAUGUUAAUUAAUCUUAUGUCUUCAAUUACUUCACUUUUUUCUUCUUUUUCUGAUAAUUAUCCCCCCCCCCCAACUCACUGAGUGAACUCAUGUUCAUCUGUACAUGCGACAUGCAUUAUGUCCAAGUGGUAAUUACAGUUAAUUAACUAAACCUUUUUAGUAUAUAUAUAUUUUUUAUUUUUUUUAACUAGGCUGUUGCAGAGAUUCAGGUCAGUGUUAUUUUAAUCCUGCACAUUAGUUGGGAAACAUGUAAGGAAAAAUAUAAGACAACCAUUUCAGGCUAUUCUAGAAGUCCACAGCAAAUGUGAAGAAUUUAGUUUAUUGCAUUGCAAAGAAUUUAUCAUCAGGAAUUCUCUGACACGGAGACCUUCGUUCUACUUUUACAGUGCUUCCAAUAAGUUUUGUUUGUGUGCUGCUGCACGCUAGAAAAUAUAAACACAGUGUUCAUUAAUGAUUGUUUAAUAUUAAUAAAUAAAAGAACAAUUAUUAGAAUAAUACUCCUAAAUGCUUAGUCUUGGAUCCCAUCUUAAAAAGUUUAAUGACAUCCAGAUGGGUUAGAGUGUGUUGACCAUCGUAUAAUGAAGCCAAAUGCUGGAGAUUGUUAAAAAGAACUUUAUCGGGGGUGGUUUGGAUUGAUCCAAAUCUGGUCACAAUGCUAUGUUUAUUAACAUGUAGAUAUGAUUUACAGUGUAAUCUUUAUGGUUUUGUAAAUAUUUUCAGCCCGGACAAUAAAUAUGUUUUGACGAUGACUUUCGUCACAAUCAUUUUUUUUAGUAACUGAUUUCCAGAAAUUCAAAUAAAAUUUUCCCCAAAACAGAUCUCAUCAUGAGUCUAAUCACACAGGGUUGUAGUUUUGUCAGAUUCUCCCCCUCCUUGGCCAUUGUUGGCUGGACCAAAACCUCCAUUAUCUUUGUGCAGCAUUUGGUAAAGAAUCGAGAGCUUUACACACCAAAAAACAUCUGGAUUGUUGUAUUGAUUUGUUGCUUCCUUUCUGUGUUAUUCUUACGCUCCAGAAAGUUUAAAUUCUGCCUGUGUAUAAUUUUGCUGAUUUUAGUCAUCUGGUGCCGAUGUGGGUCUGAGGCUGCUGUUGUCUUUGACUGUUGCAGAGAAAGCUGUGUACAUACUAUGUGUGUGUGUGCGGAAGGGAUGCACUAGGUACCUAGGUGUAGAGGAGACUGUUUUAUGUUGCAUUCUCUUGCUUCUUGCUUAUCCCCUCUCUCUCCCCCUCCAAUCCAACAUAUUAUAUUUUCCUAUACCUGGGAAGUGAAGAGAAAAAGUAUCAGUUUCUUGUUUAUGGGGUGGAAACCGUACCCAGUUAAAUCUGCUUUACACUGAAUCAUGUUUGUGGCUGCUGUCCAAGAGCUGCAGCUUGUACAAUGUUUCCAUGCAUAAUCUAUAUAGAUAUCUCUGUCAGCCAAUGAGCACAGCCCUGCAUGGUCUCUUGCUUAGCUCUCUAGAACCAACCAGAUUUUUCUGCAGAUUGUGGGUCUUUGUGCUGUAGUUGUUAUGGUGCCAGGUAUGCCUUUGCACCCCCUAUUGUGAGUAGGCUGUUAUAGUUUUUAAAACUGUUUGACUUCUUACCUGGAGUCCACUGGCUGCUUCUCCAUGCCUCCACUACAUCCAACAUACGGCCUGCGCAAAGCUUCCAUUAACUCUGUGAGUAAAGGUUUAAGUACAAAGCUAGCUUAUUGGCUGAGUGUGUCAGAUGAUCUUUCAGCCAAUGAGUUUAGCCCUUGCGCUGCUAGACUUCGCUCAGACAUAGAUCUUCCAACUCUCGGUCAUCGAGAUGCAUUGAAUUGGUCAGCGCCUCCAUGCAGAGAUAUAGGAAACCCCUCUAGUGGCUGUCUAAGUGACUGCACCUAACGGUGUUACUAGCCAGCAGUCUAAACCUUUACAAUAAAAUGUUAAAGACAACAUUUACAUUUAAGAGCCUGCUAGGACAGGCUAUGAACAACAGAACCACUACAUUAAGCUGUAGUGGUUCUGGUGACUAUAGUGUCCCUUUAAAAAAUGCAUUUUUCCUCCUGCUUGCCUUGGUGCACAUGAACACUAAAAAUGCAUUUUGACCUUCAUAACAGCAUUUAAACGGUGGGAAAUCGGGAAUUGCAUUUGCACAGAUAAUCAAGGUUAUUUAAUAAAGUGAGAAUUCACACUAAAUAUCUCAUUAUAAGGUCAAAUUAGCUGAAUUGGAAACAUUUUAUAAGUCUGCUAUGCUUUCCGUUCAAAGUUAUUUACUUAAAGGAACACUAUAGUCACCUAAAUUACUUUAGCUAAAUAAAGCAGUUUUAGUGUAUAGAUCAUUCCCCUGCAAUUUCACUGCUCAAUCCACUGUCAUUUAGGAGUUAAAUCACUUUGUUUCUGUUUACGCAGCCCUAGCCACACCUCCCCUGGCUAUGAUUGACAGAGCCUGCAUGAAAAAAAACUGGUUUCACUUUCAAACAGAUGCAAUUUACCUUAAAUAAUUGUAUCUCAAUCUCUAAAUUGAACUUUAAUCACAUACAGGAGGCUCUUGUACGGUGUAGCAAGCUAUUAUCAUAGCUGGGGAUAAGAAAAUCUUAAUUAAACAGAAUUUGCAAUAAAGAAAGCCUAAAUAGGAAGUGUUUAUGGAAGGCUGUGCAAGUCACAUGCAGGGAGGUGUGACUAGGGUUCAUAAACAAAGGGAUUUAACUCCUAAAUGGCAGAGGAUUGAGCAGUGAGGCUGCAGGGGAAUGUUCUAUACACCAAAACUGCUUCAUUCAGCUAAAGUUGUUCAGGUGAGUAUAGUGUCCCUUUUAAGUGAAAAUUCUAAUUUUUUAUCUUUUCCUUACUGUCCAGGAAUCUUAUUUCCUGUCACCUAAAUAUUUGCAUAAAUGUUAUUUUUAAAGCGACUUUGAAUAAACACAAUUGCUGGAGCAUAUGAAAUGGCUAUAGGAUUAUAUAAACAAAUCUGCUUGUCAAUGUAAAUACUUUCCUUUUUUUUUUAUUAUAAAUUCUGCAAUCUCUUUGAGUAGCAUUAACUAAAGUUUAUGUCAUGCGAAAUGUAAUGGCAUUAAAAUAAUUGAUCACAUGCAUGUUUUUUGUUGACAAAGGAAUUAUACUCCCUCAGCCACUCCUUUUAGUUUAUUUGCUAAUCCGUGAGUUGUGGUCAAAUGAAGAAACACAUUUUGAAUGUUUUGAGGCUAAAAUAACCAAAAUAAUGUUGUGAUUUAUAGCAGAGUGGGAGAGUUUUUCCAUAUUAGAUAUUUUAACCUUAUUUUUUUCAUUUUACUUUUAUUUGCUGUUUAGUAGAUACAUGCCAUGUUUUAUAUAUAGUUCUAUUUAGGAAGUUCUGUUGGAUUUUAGAAAGAGCCCUUCUGCAGAAUCCUUUCUAUUCUUGGUGGGGAAAAAAAAUGAAGAACUGUUUCGGGGAUGUGUUUCAAAAAAAUUAAUGAAACAAAUUGCGAAAGAACACUAUGUUAUGCAAUGAAUACAAGCAUGAUUUUAAAAUAUCAAUAAGUCUGAUAUACUUGGAGUUUAAUGUAAACGUUUGGUGUAUAUUUAUGAUCCUGCACCUUUGUUUAAACUCUCCUUGUGUUUGGUUAAAGGAUCACUAUACUAUCAGGACACAAAAAUGUAUUUGUGACCCUAUAGUUCUAAACCCACCAUAUAGGUGGAUUGUUAAAGACUCAUACAUCUUGAAUUUUAAUUAUUAUUUUUUUUUUAAAUUCUUUAUUUUUCAAUGCAUUGUUAGAGGUACAUACAUGUCUGGGUAUGCCACAAAAGCAUAUGCAUGAAUAUAAGAAUAUAACCGUAGUCCAAACAUUCUGUGGUUUGAGCUAAAACAAACAAUGCACAUUUUGGGUUUAACAGGCUGGUUAGUUAUUGCGAGUUGGCCACCUUUACCAGAGGUGGGCGCGGAGACUAUGGAGAAUGGUGCAUUGUUUCAGCACCUGGGUGGUGGUGUGUCACUGGUACAGGAUUUAGGCUUGUAAGCCACCUGUCCCUUUGAGUGGCGUUUGGUACUUGAAAAGAGUCACAUUACCGCUUGCCCAUCUGCACUGUGCGUUUGCUUUUGAGGCAUGUAUGCCCCCUGUUUCAGUGCCGCGGUGUGUCAAGUAGAUUAGUUUAGGCAGUGGUGUAAGGGCUUGGUGUCGUGAAGUAGUCUAUGUGGGGAUGGAGUGUGAUGUGGAGUGUGAGCGUUCAUGUACACACAGGGCUUAGCCCGAUAUGGCUGCUUACUGUGGCUAUGUUACUUCUAUAAGCUAGGCUGGUGGUGUUGGGAGCGCUACUCCAUCAUUUACUAUGCCCUUUAACCCCAGGGCAUUGGGGGGGGGUUUGUGAUCGGAGCGUGGGAUAGCUGCCACUAUGAGUGUGAGUUUAACCUGUUCCAACAGUAUCGGGUACGUGUUAAGUGACAUAAGAGGUUGAGUAACUUGGCAUAUUAAAUAAAACACAAUUAUUAUAGCUUUUUGGUGCUGAUUUGGAUUCAGGUUGCUGGGUUUCUACCCUCCCCGGGCUCAGAGGUGGGGUACUCAUCGGUAGUUUCUAAAUGUGAGUUGGAUAGUCCCUGUGUGGGUAGACCCCAUGAAGUGAGGCCCAUUGCUGACAGAAAGGCUGGCGGGUCCGAGGCCUUGUAUGUCCUCCCAUCUUUGGUAACCGGCAGCGUUCUGGGGGUCGACCAUCGGUAAGUCCGUCCUGUGGUUUGGAGAGGUUUGGUGAUGUGUUGCAUUUCUUUUUAACACAGUAGGGUGGCCCUGCUCAGAUCUUAAAAGACAGAGAAAUGACUGGAUUCAAACCGGUACGGUGUCUUUCCUUUUAAGGCGGUCAGCAGGCCCAUUUUGUCCGCUAGCGUGUGGCAUCUCAGGAUGAUGUUGUGGGGGCUUUCAAGGAUUUGGUUAUUCGGUAGACCCCGGCGAAGGAGAAGUGCCAGGAUGAGGGUAGACACCAGUCUUCUGAUAAAGUGUGGGAGUUCGUCUAGGGAAACAGUCUCAGGGACUCCCCUGAAUUUGAUAUUUUUUCUUCUGCCCCUGUCGUCAAGAAUACUGACUUGGGUGAGGAUGGUGCUCUAGGAUGAUUGUAGCUGUUGCACUUGCUCAUUCAGUGUUGUCAGGCCUUGUUUUAAGGUAAGUAUGUCCUCCUCCUUAGUGUGGGUGCGUGCUGUCGCAGUCUUUACCUCUGUUUUGAGGGUUUCCAGGUCAGUUUGCCUUGCGUUGUUGCCGGAGGUUGCGUUGAAGGAUGGCCAGCAUUUUUUGUAUGUCCCCCUUUAGUUGCAGGUGCUGUUGCCUCCGAUCUGUGUGGGCUAGUGCUCUCUGCUUCAGUGGGAGCUUGGUCGUGGGGAGAUUCUCUAUCCUCUGUUUGUCGGGUUCUGGCCGUGGCUGUCUGUGGUGUUUGCAGCAUCUGGCCUAUGUCCCGCUGCGUCUUGGGGGUGUAUGUCAUCAAUUUGUGAGAUUAGCGCCCCAUCUCCUCUUCUGCGGGUGAGUCCGAGAUUGGGUCUCUCAGGCCCAAGUCGCUCCACACCUAGGAAGCCCAGUCCGCAUUGAGUGGAUGGCCUCCCACACGGUAGGCCCUGAGGCCGCGGCUUUUUUGGUCGCGGAUUGAAAGAAAGGCAUCUGCUGAUGCAGCGUGAUGCUCUCCGUCGCUUUCUAGUCUGCCCUCGGGUGAUUUUGGUUCGAUUCGCCCCUUUAUUUGGUAUAUUGCGUCGGUUUGUUGGAGCUGAGGGAUAUGGCAACUGCUCCAGUUCUCUCACAGGCUCCGCCCCUUGAAUUUUAAUUUUAUUAUAUUUAUUUGCUUUAUAGGACAAAUAUUUCGUCUUUACAGCUAAACCUUUGCAAAAAUUGGUAUGCUGAUAAUAUAAAAUUAAUAGCAGUCAUUAAAUCCAACAUUAUGCAAAAGAGUAUCUUUAUAGAAAUUAAACUCCAGCUGUAUUUAAAUAAGAGCGUUUUGAUUUUUCAUUUAAGAAUUUAAGACCUCCCAAAGUACAAAAACUGAUUUCAGGGAGGUGGCUUCACCAGCAACUGGUGACUCCGUACCCUGUAUUAUAGCAUUCGCAAGAGUAUUAAAGUAACUGCAAUGUUACCUUUUUUAUUUUGGUGGUAAAUCAUUUUGAAAUUUGAAAUAAGAAUCUUUUAAAGAUUCUGCAGUUCUGGAUACAGCAAUUCCAUUCUAUGCUGGUUUAACUGAGAUGGUCUCACUCAACAUAAGGAAAGCCAAUCUAGAAUGAACGGAUCGUAUUACAGAUUUAAAUUUUUUGCAACCUGGUUGGCGGCCCUCCGUUACAUGUGAGAAAUGCAUUAGGUGAACCUGUUCAUUUACUUGUUAAAUUAGAAGUGUUUGACCUUCUCAGUUUCAUGUGUCAUUAGUUGCUGCUUCUACAUGUUUGAAGCGUCACGAUAACUGUCGUGUGCUCAAAAUAAUUUCCAUCAUGUGUGCCGAAGGUCUUGUAUAUGAAUACAUUCAAAGUAAACUUUUAUUCCAGCUGCUACAUGUGCAGUAUGUUUUAUGACGAUCACAUAUUUUUCUACAAAGUAGCAUUGAUGCUUAAUUGUUUGAAAUGUCUAUGUAUAUCUGUAUGUAUGUAUGUAUGUAUAUAUGAUGGGUUGUUUGUUUUUUCAGGGGUCAAGAGGUAGGGCAAGUGACUUACUUUUUAAGUUGGGUAACAUCAUGUUCUGUGAUUCUGUGAACUUACUUUAUAUUUUAUGGAGAAUUAUACGUAGUGCAUGCUCCAAAGAGUAUGAGUGUGUAUAUUUUUAGGAGUUACUCUCCUGAACAGUACCUGCCACCAAUUUAAAGUGGCACCAUCACCCUUUGGUGACUUUGCCGAAUUUGCAAACUCACUGCUGGGACUCUGGUGGCUGACGGGGGCAGGUAAACGUAGGAUUUACUUAAUCUGAACCUGUCCUUCAAGGGCAAGACCAUCUUGAUCCGGUGUGUCAUAGACACAGCCAAUUCCCUGCAGGUGUCCCUUUUCUAUGGGGAGGACCUAAUGCACUUGCCACGCACGCCCAUUACUUCUGUGGAUAGGUGGAAGUACAGCAUGUCUGACUAAUGAAUGGGAAAGGGUUGAGUGGCCUAUGUCCGCCCCAUAGGCCGGCAUAUGAUCUAUGAGAUCAAUUAUUUUAGUACCCAUAUAAGUCAUUAUUAUGUUAUAAGUACACCCAUGUGUUGAAACUGCAGUAAUUAUCUCUACACUUACGUUUUAGUAGUUUAGUGAUGAUUUCAGGACUGUAUUUUGUUUGGUUUUGAGUAUGUGAUGCUCAAACCUGGAACCCUUAAAUACGUUUUUUAAUAUAUAUAAUUUUUAUUUUUUUUUUAUUUUUUUUUUAGUGUCCCAAAAUGAUCCCUUCAUUUUUCUAGUUGACAUGUUUCUUUGAAAUUUGGUGUGAGGGUGGGGACGGUCUCUAAAUUUUGCCAAUCCUAGGGUCACAGAUGUCUGGGUGCAGAGAUUUUUUUUUUUUGUGUGUGUGCCCCCAGGUGGGCGUGGUCAUCUUUACUAACUCAUCCCCUUUGCAACAUCUCCACCUCUCCAUCUAGACACACACUCUCUGACAACACAAGAAAUUGUCCGGUCUUAAUAGGAUUUUUAAUUAUUUAAUUUGUUCAUAAUUUUUUAGUAGUAUAUUUUUAUACAUUAAUUUUUUUUUCUUCUAGAUUUUUAUGUCAUAGGCUUGUCAUUGCCGUAUGUAUUUACUUUUUAUUCUUAUUUUAGUCAUGUACUGCCUUACUUUUAUUAUUUAGGUGAUGUUUUGGUCUAGGCAAUCUACCCCUUUUUGUAUUUUCAUUUUUUUUAAGUCUUCUGUAUUUCCACCAUUUCAGACCGGUUUUAAUUAAUGUAUAAUCUUACUGCUGAUAUUUUGACUGUGUAGAUAGGAUUUUUAUGCCAUAGGCUUGAUGCUUUCAUGCUUCUAUGCUUUUGUAUACUGCCUUAUCAUAUUUUACUGGUUUUAUAUUUCUUAUUUUGAUGAUGUCUUAAUUGAUGUAUAAUGUUGUUGCCGAUAUUUUGACUAUCAAGACAUAUAUUUUUGACAUUUUAUAAGUAGAAGUGAAACGUGUAUGGAUAUGGUGCUAUUUAAUCAUGGAAUUGUUCUAAUUCUGAAUCACUAUUUUUUUUUUUUUUAAAUGUGUGCUUUUUGUUGUUCCCUGUAAUGAUGAGAUGUUUUUAGUACUAAAAAACUAAAUGACUCCUCCACAUAAGAACGUUUUGGGAUAAUGUAUUUGUUGAGUAUAUAUGUAUUUUAUAAAGGAACUGCCGAAUGGAUCAUGACAAAGAUUUGUGCAUAUAAAUGAUGAAUAAGAGUGAGAGGAUUCGUUAAACGUUUGAGAAAGCCCCAAGGGAGGGGCGAAACGCGUCACACGCUAGGAACACGGAAUAUCUUUCUGUCUGCAUUGACGAGACCGGCCACGUCUGGGUAUUUUGUACGGCUUACAUACUUUAUAUAGAAAUGUUACAUUCCCCUGGGCUUACGAGCGGACGAAGGAUUGGACUAUUUGCUGCAUUUGUUUUUGACUACUAUUGGAAUAAAGCAUUUACUUACCUGCUAUCCUGGCUGUCUAUGAAUCCAUUGGAUCCCACGCACUCUGUAUAACUUUUCCAAUGUUGUUUUGCACAAUAUUCAGAGGGAUUUAAUAAAUAAAAUAAGGAAACCGUUAAAUGUAUAAAUUCUUUCUUAUUACAGUUAGGAAAAUACUAUUUGAAACUUGCCGAGGAAGAAAAUGAAGAGGUUAACAGCUGUGCUGCAGUGGACUGGCUUGUCGAGGCUGCCAAACAAGGUCGAAGAGAAGCUGUGAAACUCCUGCGCAAAUGCCUGGCAGACCGUGUAGGUUAGUUUACGCUGUAAUUCUAUAACGGAUAAUAUCACAUACCGUUGGCAUUUUCGCAUUACGUUUGACACACACAAACUUAACUUAGUCCUCUUGCAUUAUAAUAGUAAUACUCCAGGGUGCUGGCUGAGUUUUUGGUAAAUUUCAGAUGUUUUAAUUAUGUUUUCUACCACUGAAAAUGAACUCAAGAGGUCCACCCUGCAAUCCGCCAUAUACACCAUCACAAAAGUGUGAUCCGGGCUGUGUGUAGAAAAAAUAAAAUAAAAAAAAAUAAAAAUCGGUGGUGGUAUGGCUACAUUAAUUUUAUUGAAAGUUUCCACUUUUCCUAUGGGAUGAGUGCGAUGAGGGAUAAACUACUUAUAUCCUAAAGUCCUGUCCAGCAGAGGAUUACGGGAGACAAUUAGACCACGUGGUCCAGAAUGAGUGGCUCUUGAUUGGCAGAUGUUUUUGUUAGGAAGAAAUCAGGCUCUCUGUUGUUUGGAAAGGUUGUGUGCUUUUUUUUUUUUUUUUUUAUACAUUUAUUUAAUUUUAAUUAUUUGCAUAAUUGAAUGCAUUAUAUAGAUAUGUCAAACAUUGAGAAAAAUCUUUAUGAAAUACUCACAUGGACUAUGUUGGAAUUUCACUUAAAUUCCAACUCUGUCAAGAGAUAUAAGAUAUAAGGGACUACUUUUGUAUUUGGCAUUUUACCAAUGCCUGACUAAACUGACAAAGGUUGAUGGAUGUACCAUCAUCAAGUUUUGUCAUUUUUUUUUUCCCCCAGCCGUCAAUAGUGACGACUGUAAAGAAAAAAGGUAUUGUCUAUGGCAGCUCCCGUGGUCUUGCGGGAUCCUCCAUAGAUAUCAGUGUUAUACUCUGGUGCAUGUGCAAGAGUACGACACUAGCGUGGACUAUUACACUUGUCUUGCAGUUGCCAUAUUUUAAAAAAAAUAAUAAUAAUUAUAAUUAUUUGGUUGUUCUUCUAUAAAGUGCUUGCAAUAUUUUGUGGAGGGUGAGCACACCCAAUGGGCACAGUCUCGCCAUCUCCCAUUUCUGGUGAUAAUCUUAAAAGGAAACUAUAGGCUAGGAAUACAAAAUUGUAUUUCUAGCUCUAUAGCUCCCUAUAGUGCCCCCUCUUGUUUGCACACAAAGGUUUAUUUAAAAUUGCAGGGUUAAACUGACCGGUGCACGGCACCCACACCACUUUAAAUGGUCUGGGUGCCUAUAGUGUCCCUUUAAGUUUAUAACUUUGGAAUUUUGUGGAAAGCACAGUUCUAGAAAUGUUUAGUAAAGUAUUUGUGUAUGUGGGUUUUUAUUUUUUCGUUUUAUUUUUGUUUUUUCUGUGUGUCAAAUUUGUGCAUUAUACGUUUGAAUAGGAAUAGCUUAGCAGACCACAAUAUAUUUCUCCACCAGUAAGUGUACUCCUCCUUGGCAUUUUCUUCUGGUUUCUGCACAAUUAGACCAUAAGCUCCCAACUCUGACUCCACAUUAAAAUGACAACUAGAUUUGUUUUCUUUAAGGAAUAACCACUGAAAAUGAAGAUGAAAUUAGAAAACUCUCCUCCGAGACGGACCUGGAAAGGGCUGUGAGAAAGGCAGCAUUGGUCAUGUACUGGAAACUGAACCCAAAAAGGAAGAAGCAGGUACCCGUCUCCGAAAUAUUGGAAAACGUUGGGCAGGUCAAUGCAGAAGGUUAGUACAUAUUGGCAAAUCAAUAAUAAUUUAAAGCAGGGCUUGACAAAUUUGUUUUGAAUCUAGGAGCCAGAUUUUUGUUUUUUUAAAACUAGCAAAUUUUAUUUUACGAGAAAUAUAAAAUUCUUAAAGGGACACUAUAAUCAUUGGAACCACUACAGCUUAAUGUAGUUGUUCUGGUGCCUGUAGCCUGUCCCUGUAGCCUUUUCAAUGUAAAUCCUGCCUUUUCAGAGUAACACCUCUAGUGACAGUCACUCAGACACCACUAGAGAGUCCUGUGUCAGUGCUGCACAGUGUGCAGCACCUUUGUUCAGCGUCUCCACGCUCUGAAUGGAGGUGCUGAAUGUCACAUAUAGAAAACCUGCCCAAUAUCCUCCCUAUGCUUUCCUAUAGGAAAGCAUUGGUUUAACGGAGAUCUUAAAGAUUAAUUAUCUCACCCAUGAAGGCAGGACAAGCCACGAAAAACUGGCAUGGCAUGGGAAAGAAGGUGCGUAAACACCUCUCGUGAUCGGAGGGGUGCAGGUACCUAAACAGAUACAAGACACACUUUCUGACACUGACACACACACACGCUGACAGACACACGCACAUUUUCCAUUUUUAUUUGAUCCACGCAGCCUCCCUAACUUUGGGAGAGCUGAGUGGAUUUUCCCUGGGGUCCAGUGGGGCUGCUCGCUCAUCCUGCAUGUGAGGGAGCAGUGAUCUUCAAGCGGCUCCUCUCUGCUCCCUGUAGUGAUGCUGGGAGCCGGAAUUCCAGCUCAAGGCAUCUUUAAACAGCGCGAGGGAGCAGAGGGGAGCCGCUUGAAGAUCACUGCACUCUCGCAUGCUGCCCCAGCCGAUCACAGCGAUGUUCUCUAGGGCGUACGCCUGCAUGCUGCCCCUGGUGGCCACCUCCAUGAUCCCAGGGUGGCUCCAUUGUUCACCCAUCCUGUCUUUAGCUAAAGGACUUUAAAUCCCAGGCGCUAUGGCAAAGUUUCUUGUCGCAAUGGCGUCCGGGAUUUGUCGAGCCCUGACUUAAAGGGACACUCUAGAAGCACGUUAGACCCGCUGGACUAUAGACACCAAAAGCACUUUAGCUUGCUAUAGUCCCUUAUGUGUGAUGGGUGUUUGCUUUUUGUAAAAUAAAAAGAGUGGGGGGAGGAAUGCAGAUUUCAAUAGAAGAUUAACCUUGUUACACUCCCCCAGGCUGUCAAGACAAUCGGUCUUGUUACUUCUUUGUUGUUUUGCUCAGUGUAUCUAAAUUCAAGAGGCAGCAUUUGCCCAGAGCACCCACCUUGCAAAGUCUUCUCAUUGAGCUGAAUUGAGAGAUCUGUGAUUAGAAAGCCACAGAAAGUCUGGGCUUGGGAAUAAGGAACACUGCAUCAGACUUGAAAUCUGCAGCUUUUGUAAGCUGUAUUUAGAAAUACCGCCCCAAUUUCUUUAAAUGCAUGCAUGUUUUCAUUUGGAAUUUAGCUACUAAAUUACUGAAUUUAUUUAUUUUGUAUGUGGGCAGUGUCACUUUAAUGAGAGCCCAAUUGCUUUAUAGUUUGUGUUUAAAAAGACGUUUUAGUGACAGGUCGGACAUAAGUGAUCUAACCUUGGCGACAACCAAUAAUUUCUUAUUAUUUUUAUUUUUUUUAUACAUUUUAUUUAAUUUUAAUUAUUUGCAUGAGAUUGGGUGUUUUUUGUGGAUGACUUGCUCACGCCUGGAGAAAAUGGCAGACAGGUAUUGGUUUUAUUGAUGUUUGGCACCUCAAUGUAGUGACACAGACAUUGUCCACUAAUCUGGCAUUGCCUCUGUUUAUGUUGCUUAGAUGGCCUAAUGAAAGACUCGAUACCUUUAUGUGAAAUAACUGGUGUGGUCUAGUUUACAAACAGUAUGCCACGAUAGAGGUAGUUUAAACCCGGAUCCUGAUAUCUCUAAAACUAGACAUGAAUCCAGCAAUACAUUGCUACAAAAUAAGAACGUUGUAAUUUGAGCUUGUGACUGUCCACAAACCUGGUUAAAGUUAACUUGGAGGUUAUUAUUGUGUUCGACUGGUGUAGUACAGUGCAAAUUAGUCUUUAUACUAGUAGGACCGAACAUGUUUAUUAAUUUCAUCGCAAAUCGGUAUUUGUGCAUGACAACAAUAAAAAGAAUACUUUUUACUAUUUGCUAAAUUGGAGAAUUGCUUAGAACUGCAUCAAUUUGCCAGAGGAGGCUUGGUGCAUUCUGUGAAAAUUAUGCAAAGUUGUAAUGGUUCUAUGAGUUUCCUUUCAAAGUACACUUUCUAUAUUGUUUUAUUAUUUAUCUAGAAGUAAAUUUGGGUGAUCCGACUGAACCCUUAUUCGGGUCUCUGAUUUUCUGUUUCAGAUGCUGUAAAUCAGUCAGGCCCAGUUCCAAAGGCUACACAGAAGCAGCGCCGGAUGUUGGAACGUUUAGUUAGUUGUGAACGUGAGUAGAGUCUAGAGUCACCCUAUUGUUUAUCACAGUAAAUGUGCUGGAUAGUUUGGGAUAUAUUUUACUCUAAUUAUUUAUUUUCUGAAAAACUGAUAAUAUAAUCUUGAUGUGAUGUCUGAAGGGAGUUACUACAUCCAAGAGUCAGGGCCAGGUUUCCCAUUAGGAGGAGUUGGUACCUGCCUAGAGGCGCAUAUUUACAGCAUUUAUAAUGUGCCUUUUUGGAGCUAAAGUGGGCUAGUAGCGGACUAUGUACCAGGACCCGUGGCCAGUAUCCAGUGUAGUCUAGUCUGCUUCCUAGGCUUUUAUAGCAGUGCUGCAGGCACAGUUAUCGAGGAUGUAAGACUCUUCCCAUCCCCUCCAGUGUCUGCGUCUGAGGCUCAACAGGAAGUGGAAGGGUAACUUUCAAUCCGCCCACUAACGGCCACUCACUCAGGAAAUGUAUUGCAGGAGGCGUAGGGACAUCACUGAGUGAUGCACCCUGUAUAACCCCUCUUGCAUCUCUAUUAUUCAUCUUAUCAAUAAUUUAGCAAAUAACCCCACAAGCUCCAUAUGCUUGUGUCUUAAACACCCCUCUUUCCAGAACCCUGCAUUUACCCCCUCCUGAAACCUAAACAAACUCUUUACUUAGUCACACUUUUAAGCACUCAAAGUCUAACACUAGGGAACAAAAACCUUUUUAUAAAUGAAAUACCCCAGUAGUGAAUGUAAACUACUCUAACACUAAAACAGAACAGUAAAAUAAGGUUGCGCCUUAAAUAUACAGUAAAAUAUAUAAAAUUUAAUAUAAAAUAUUAAUGUAAAAUAAAUAGUUGUCAGUAGUCCAAAACACUUAUCAUAAGUCCGUAAUGGUAGGUGCCACGUAUGAAAACAGGGAUUCUGAGAUGUUAAGUGGAGUAGGUCUUCACAAUUAUGUGCUUGAGAUCCAGUAGAGCAUAUGUAGAAAAAGAACAGAAACAGGACUCCAAUGGCACAGUAUAUAGAUGAAUAAAAUAAUAUAAUAAAAUUAAAAUAGUCUUACUCACACUUUUCAGAGCUAAAACCUAGCUCUGAUAUUGCGCACGUGAAGUGGAAUAAUCCUCACUCAAGGAUAUGCGGAGUAAUAUUUUGAUUGGCGAAUAUCUGGCUCAAAUUCAGCGUCCGAAUUGGUGUUAUUUGACCCAGGGAAAAAAAGUAAUAAAAUAUAGUGCUCUCUGUAUAGUAACUAAAAGUUGUAAAAUAUACUACUCACAUUAUUUAGAGCAGGCUACUGCUUGGUGUAAGCGCAUGGGUGGUAUAAUCCCCACCUAUGGAUUCUUUAGGCUUCUCGUAAAAUAUGCAGUAUGUGUAUAGUCAGGUGAAAAAAGAAAGAAAAUGGCAAUAAAGUAUUUUAUGCCAAAAUAAUUUCUUUAUUAUAAAGUAGUAAAAAUAGUAUCUAAACACGUUUCGCCUCAAGGGCUUCUUCAAGUAGAUAAUAGUAAAAAAGGGAACACACCUGACAUGCAAAGGUUUAUAUAAGAUACAAUAAUGCUAUGGAAUUUUGAAAUUCCCGCCAAAAUGACGUCAUAAACACCAUAAUAUUAAAACACAAAUCAAAACAAUGAAUAAAACAUAGAUUUCAGUAAAUACAUAUAAUAUGAGGUAGGUACAAUGAUUAAAAUUCUAAAACGAGGGUUAUAAAAGGUUUAAAAUACAUUGGAAAAGCGAUCACGUGACGCGUGGCUAAAACCACUUCCGCGUCACGUGAUGCUCAAUCAGGAGGUGGAAGGGCUGUCUCAUCUGAUCGGCAGGAGUAUAGAAGGCAGAAAUCUGAUGCUAAAACCGCUCCAAUAUUGCCAAUCAUUUUUGACUUCAAUAACAAACUUCAAUAACAAAAGUAAUGUUAUGAAGAAGAUAAAAAAAAAAAAAACAUUGGCAUAUAUUAAAACAAGAUGAUACUUUGGCUGGAAUUAUCCCUGAGAAACCACACGUUCUAUUUAGAGGGGCACCCAGCUUUAAGUCUAUUCUUACAAGUAAUUACACUAAAUAUAAGCAAAGCACUUUAUCCCCUAGCCCCUCUACCUUUUUAACUAAACCUAGCGGGUUUUUUAAGUGUAACAGAUGUAUAGUCUGUAAACGUACUAGCGAUACUAUUAGAUCUAAAACUACAUCGUUUACAUCAACAAUCACACAGAAAACAUAUCAAAUAAAACAUUUUAUUCACUGUAAUAUGAAAAACUUAAUCUAUCUUCUGGAAUGUCCUUGUGGGCUUCAGUAUGUGGGUAUGACCACUAGGGAUUUAAAAACAAGACUAGCUGAACACUGUAGAAAUAUUUUAAAAGGUUACGAGAAUCAUUCAGUCUCAAAACAUUUUCUACAACAUGGAAAAAAUCAAAAAUAUCUUAAAUGUAUCGGUAUAGACACUUGCAAUGUCCCAUGGAGAGGAGGAGAUAUUAAAAAAGUUUUAGGUAAAAAAUAAAUGGAAUGGGCAUAGAAUCUAAAAACCCUUGCCCCCACAGGGCUAAAUAUUGAUUUUGAUCUUUUUAAUUUUUUAUAAUAAAUAAUUAAUCUUAGAUUCCUUAUAUUUAUUAUAUAUUACAUAUAUUUAUAUAAUUUUAUUUUUAUUAUUCUUCUUACCAUUCUAUCUCUUGUUUAUAUACACUCAAAAUGUCUGUAUGUUUAUAACAGCUCUUAUGUGUAUCUUUCUUCUUUUUAUUAUUCCUAUUAUUUUUAAUACUAAUAUAUUUUUUUUUUAUUAUUUUUCAAUAUCCAAUCAAAAUUAUUCUUUACUCUGUGUAAUUUAUUAAAAAUAAGUUGUUAUUAUUGCCCACUUUGGGCUUUGAACUUGAAUACUGCUAGGACAGCUGUCUGCCUGCUUAUGCAGGCAGACAGCAUGUUUCAUGUGCCAGUGCUGUCCCUAUUGCUGUCUGCCUGCUCGUGCAGGCAGACAGCCUGAUUUCUGCCUUCUAUACUCCUGCCGAUCAGAUGAGACAGCCCUCCCACCUCCUGACGACGCAUGCGUUCCAUUCAGACGGAACGCAUGCGUUUCAUAGAGCAUCACGUGGCGCGGAAGUGGUUUUAGCCGCGCGUCACGUGAUCGCUUUUCCAAUGUAUUUUAUAACCUUUUAUAACCCUCGUUUUAGAAUUUUAAUCAUUGUACCUACCUCAUAUUAUCUGUUUUAUUCAUUGUUUUGAUUUGUGUUUUAAUAUUAUGGUGUUUGACGUCAUUUUGGUGGGAAUUUCAAAAUUCCAUAGCAUUAUUGUAUCUUAUAUAAACCUUUGCAUGUCAGGUGUGUUCCCUUUUUUACUAUUAUCUACUUGAAGAAGCCCUUGAGGCGAAACGUGUUUAGAUACUAUUUUUACUACUUUAUAAUAAAGAAAUUAUUUUGGCAUAAAAUACUUUAUUGCCAUUUUCUUUCUUUUUUCACCUGACUAUACACAUACUGCAUAUUUUACGAGAAGCCUAAAGAAUCCAUAGGUGGGGAUUAUACCACCCAAGCGCUUACACUGAGCAGUAUAAACCUGCUUUAAAUAAUGUGAGUAGUAUAUUUUACAACUUUUAAUUACUAUACAGAGAGCACUAUAUUUUAUUUAUUUUUUCCCUGGGUCGAAUAACACUAAUUCGGACGCCGAAUUUGAGCCAGAUAUUCGCCAAUCAAAAUAUUACUCCGCAUAUCCUUGAGUGGGGAUUAUUCCACUUCACGUGCGCAAUAUCAGAGCUAGGUUUUAGCUCUGAAAAGUGUGAGUAAGACUAUUUUUUAUUUUUUUUAUUUUAUUCAUCUAUAUAUUGUGCCAUUGGAGUCCUGUUUCUGUUCUUUUUCUACAUAUGCUCUACUGGAUCUCAAGCACAUAAUUGUGAAGACCUACUCCACUUACCAUCUCAGAAUCCCUGUUUCCAUACAUGGCACCUACCAUUACGGACUUAUGAUAAGUGUUUUGGAUUACUGCCAACUAUUUAUUUUACAUUAAUAUUUUAUAUAUUUUAUAUGUUUUACUGUAUAUUUUAGGCGCAACCUUAUUUUACUGUUAUGUUUUUGUAUUUCAUCUUACCACUAGGGGAUUAUUGGGGACUCCCCUUUGAGGAGUGCAGCCUUAUUACUAUUAUUUUCUUGUGUGGCAAUCUAGCGCUGAUUUCUUUCUUCCUAUUCUCUUUAGUUUACUCUAACACUAAACCCAAUUAUUCUGAACACCCCUUAUACAAAAACUCUAACCCCUCUCAAGUUUUUGAUUCUUUAAACACUAAACACCCUAUGUAAUCUAACGCUGACAUAAAGAAGAAACAUUUAGAAAUUCCACUAUUGGGAGUGCCAGUAUUUUAUUUUUAUUUAUUUUUUAUGUGUGUGUGUAUAUACCAAAAUCAAAUUUAAAUCUUUAAAGUUUUUUAGUUUUUUUUUUUUUAAAGUUUUCUGGGAAUUUUGUAUUUUGUAUUUUUUAGUUUUUUUUAAUAUGCUUACAAUGUCCAUUUAAUACAUUAAACAGUUGUUUUUUUUUUUUUUUGGGAGGAGUGCAUGGGUAACAGGAGGUUCCUUUAAAUUUUGUGUGUACUGGCACAUGUUUUGUAACUUCUAAUUUGAUGUGAUCUUAAAAAGUCAAUCUUUUAAUUACAAACGGUAAUAUACCACACUAUGGUCUGCCUGUGUAUCUAUAUUUCAGGCCAGAUCUGUAUUCCACUUGAUGAUAAAAUUACUCUGUGUGCCCCCACCCCCCAUUACAGCUUGUAUUUAUUUCACUAUAAUUAUGUUGUGCUGAGUGACUUGACACAGGGUUAUAGUAACAAUCAUUUUCAAGAACAAUCUUCACUUUUGUCUAUUGUUUUAAUCUUUCAAUGUUUCAGCUAAAAGCCACAUUGAGCUGGAUGAUUUCGUUGAAAUCACAAAAAAGUAUGCAAAAGGCAUCGUCCCGACCCACUUAUUUCUACAUGACGACGAUGAUGAUGAGUUUUCCGGAAAAAGUCCGGAAGAAUUACCCCUUCAAAAGAAGGUAUAUGUACUGAAUUGGGAAACCUCAUUCUACUUUCUUGCUUGAAAUCGAUAUAUGGUGUAAUAUUUUAAUACAUGUACUACUACAUGAUGCUUUUCCAGAGGUUGUCAUUCUGAAAUCUACCUUUAGGACAUCUCUGGUGAUGGACAUUUUGGCCAGCCUGACUUAAAUUUAUUGUAGGUUUCCUUGUUGAUAUAUAGCCAUUCAUAAAUGAGCACAAUUCUAAUUAUGCUAAUUAGUAAGUUAACAUGUUUUCUCAAUAAAAUGUUAACAUGCCUUUCAUUGUCUUUGUCUUCUUCCUAGAUCAUGAAAUAUCCACUCCACGUCAUCACCGAACUUAAAGAGUACCUUAUUGAUGUAGCAUCUAAGGCCGGAAUGCAUUGGCUGUCAACGAUUGUGCCAACACAUCACAUCAAUGCCCUUAUCUUUUUCUUUAUUAUCAGUAACCUUACCAUAGAUUUUUUUGCCUUUUUUAUUCCUCUAGUCAUUUUCUACUUGUCUUUUAUCUCCAUGGUGAUUUGCACACUCAAGGUAUUCCAAGACAGUAAGGCCUGGGAACACUUUCGCACAUUCACUGACCUUUUACUUCGGUUUGAACCAAAUUUGGAUGUUGAACAGGCUGAAGUCAACUUUGGUUGGAAUCACUUGGAGCCAUAUUUUUACUUCCUCAUGUCUGUUUUCUUUGUGAUAUUUUCUUUUCCAAUUUCAGACAGGCACUGGAUUCCUUGCUCAGAACUGGCCACCAUUUCUGUUUUCUUUACGAUCACCAGCUACUUAAGCUUAAGUACAUGCGCAGAACCAUAUACCAGGAGAGCACUGAUGACUGAAGUGGCUGCUGGAUUGCUUUCUCUUGUGGAUAUCAUGCCUGAAUCUUUGUCCUAUAUUCAGCUACUUGGCAAAACGUUUUUCACUGUGCCCAUAGGUCACUUUAUCAUAUUUCGCCUAAGCCUCCCAUGUAUUCUAUUCAUAUACUUAUUCUAUCUCUUCUUUAGGAUGGCACGGUUAAGGAAUUUCAAAGGUGUCUAUUGUUACCUGGUGCCAUAUUUAGUGUGUUUCAUGUGGUGUGAACUGUCUGUUGUAAUCCUUCGGCAAUCUACGGCCAUUGGCCUUAUACGUGCAUCUAUAGGCUAUUUCCUUUUCCUAUUUGCUCUCCCUAUACUCUUGGUGGGCAUUGCUGUGAUGUGUGUUGUCCAUUUCAUAAGGUGGUUUAUAGCGUUAGAAAUUACCAAGAUCAUGGUUACUGUGGUUUUGUGCACCAUCCCUCUGCUUAUUCGCUGGUGGUCAAAGGCCAACUAUUCCUUGCUUGGAAUGGUUAAAUCGCUCACUAGGAGCUCUAUCGUAAAGCUAAUAUUGGUAUGGAUCACUGCUAUUGUAAUGUUUUGUUGGAUUUAUGUUUAUCGCUCUGAAGGAAUGAAAGUUUACAACUCCACCUUAACAUGGCAGCAGUAUGGAUUUGUAUGUGGACCCAGGGCUUGGAAGGAAACCAACAUGGCACGAACCCAAAUUUUGUGCAGCCAUUUGGAAGGCCAUCGGGUUACCUGGACAGGCAGGUUCAAGUAUGUUCGUGUUACUGAAAUUGACAAUAGCGCAGAGUCGGCUGUAAACAUGCUCCCUCUCUUAAUUGGUGAUUGGAUGCGAUGCCUAUACGGUGAAGUAUAUCCAGCCUGUGAACCACAAGAUGUUACAAUAGAAGAAGAGGAACUCUGUCGCCUCAAAUUUCUCUCUAAACACAAGUGCCACAUGAAAAAAUUUGAUCGGUACAAAUUUGAGAUAAGUGUGGGUAUGCCUCUUAACGGCAAAAAUGGUAACAAGAGUGAAGAAGAUGACAUUACAAAAGAUAUAGUGCUAAAAGCAAGUAAUGAGUUCAAAACGGUGUUACUGAACCUGAGACAAGGCAGCAUGAUAGAAUUUAGUACCAUUCUGGAAGGUCGACUUGGCAGUAAGUGGCCAGUGUUUGAGCUGAAAGCCAUCAGUUGCCUAAAUUGCAUGGCCAAACUUACUCCUGCAUCAAGACAUGUGAAAAUUGAACACGACUGGCGGCGUAACGUGCAUACAGCCAUUAAGUUUGCUUUUGAUUUUUUCUUUUCCCCGUUCCUUUCUGCUGUAUAGAACUGUGGAACUGAUACAGCUAUGGGUCACUGCUUAAACCAAAGUGACAUUUAUCAUUCGUAGCUUUAACCGUUUACUCCAUGUUGCACUUAGUUGACUGUCCUGUUGUAUAUUUUCUUUAGGGAAGAAAUGUAUGCCGUUUCACUGAUUAUACAUCAUGUUUAAAGAGGACAUUUUGUUGCACGAGAGUCUAUUGUUGCUUGGAAAAUGGAUACGUUUGCAGUUAAUUUUUGAAAGCGAAACAUUAAAUAGAAGAAUUUCGCCACUUAACUAGAAAGUACCGGUGCAGACAAAAAGCUUAAAGUGUGUGUAAUAAAAUACUAGUAAAUUGAUACUGUAGAAAUAGAAACGUAUGCACUAAAACUAUACACUGCAACAAAAAGAGCAGCGAAUCUGCCUUGAAAUAUGUGCGUUGUGAGCGUUAAUUACAAUCACUGACCGUUUGUACUUUUCAGUUACAUUGACUGUUAUUUGUAUUAAAUUAUGUUUUCCAUUGUAAAAAGCAUUAAUUUCUCCCCAACCCGUUCCAGAGCUUCAUUUAUCAAUCUCACUUUACUGUGCUGGAAAACAUUGGGAGACAGUGACAAGCAAGCACCUUCAACAGAGAAUGCCUUAAUGUUUUAAUCCUUGUUAGAACUUACCUCCUGCACCCCAUUAAAGAGUGAAUCUGGUCAGUGAGUGUAAUCUACAUUGAGGAGGCGAUCAGUGACUUUAUAUAUAGAGGGUCUAGAUAAUUAAUAAACUGGGUGCAUUCAAUUUUGUUGUUAUCGAGCUACAUUGUUAAACGCUAAUAUUGCCGUACAAUUGAAUUUAUUUCAUAGGUUAAAUACACUUUAAAAAAAAAAAAAAAAAAAAUCGGAGUGGAAUAAAACAUUACAUAAUAAUAUAUAGAAGUACAACUUUUUUUUUUUUAGUAUUUUGAUCACGAGGUUUAGGCAGAUCAGCAUAUACAAGUCACAACACAAUUUAAAAAAAAUAAUUCAAUUUAAUUUACAGAGGAUUUUAAUGACACAUUUGCUGCAUUCCUUGUCACUGAGAUGCCAGUGAAGGUUUUAUUCAAUCUGGCUUAAUGGAACCAGAAGACGGGUUUGAAAGACACUGUCACAGUCUCGCAAGUGCAAGCUCUUGUCCAAAUAAACACUGGCACCAUCAUUUGUUUGCACCUGACACCCUAUAUAUUCUUUAAUGUGAGUGCAAUAAAUAUGUAUAUUUGUUUAUAUAUAUCAUGGUUAUAUAUUCUUUAUAACUUUCAUUGAAAUCUUGUCAAAGUUACAUAGAACAACACAAUGAGGCAGAAAUAUGGUACAAUAUUUGUUGUCAACAUGCAUUGAAGACAAAAUUAGUAGUGAGGCCUCAAAUGUAUGCACAAACUGAUAACGGGAACUAAACCAGUAACGCUAUUUGUUUAGUUUUAAAGUUUGUCUAGUUGACUGUGCCUUCUAAAUCUGCACUUGCUCCUCAUUCUAAAAUAAUUCUGGUUUUAUUUCAAACUUACAAUUUAAAAAAACAUUUAACAAAAAGAGGAUAACAAAUGGCUCAAUUUUCUUGUUUUUAUUUUCUCUGUAAAUAGUUGUAUUGUCUGAAAAAUCAGGAUUUUUUUUUUUUUUUUUUUUUCAUGCAGUUAUGUGAAUUUUCUAAAGUUGUGUCAUUUAUUAUGGGCGUUAACAUGUUUCUUUUUUGUUUUUUGUUUUUUUUGGUAAGAACAUAAAUAUUUCUGCUAAAUUCUCCAAACUUUUUUUUCAUUUCUGAUGUUUUCACUUAAAUAACAUUUAACAGUUCCUUGUCAAUGGAUUAAAUAUUGUUUGGUUCUACUAAUACACUUGUUCUGCAGAAUACUGAAACCUGUUUUAACACUACGCAUGAUGAAAAUAACGUCACUUCCACGUGUUCAUAUUUAGAACAGAAAAAGUAUUAUGACAUGCAAAUUACAGUAAAAUGAUGCCUUAUUAAUUCUUAGAUUCCCAAAGUAUCAUGUUUUGUUUUUUUCUUUUUGCACUGUGCUAUAUUGUUGAAUAUCACCUGUGUAUUUUUUUAAUUUGUGAAGGGCUUGCCUCCAUUAAAUGUAUGUAUUCCAGAACGGAUGUGUCGCCAUUCAAAGCAUGUAUAUACUUUGUGACAUAACAUUAAAAAUAAAUGUAAACAAAAUUAAUGGACACAAGUGAAAGGUUAGCCACUGCCAUAUGGUUUCGCGGCUUACAACAUGUCUUGAGAUGUACAUUUUUUCAGCAGUAAGUAACAGGUAGAGCCUGCAGUUAAAAACGUUUUAUUUUCCAUUUUUGUUGCCUUG